GUAGCGACCUCUUGUAUAAACGUUAGGAAAUUUACUUCCUCUUGAAUGGCGGACUUCAUGUUCGCUUUUGGUGUGUAUAAAAAGUGAGUGAUUUAUUAACUUAGAAAAAUGGCAUUGUCUACAGCUCGCCCCCUUGUAAGUAUUUACAAUGAGAAAGGGGAAGAAGUUAAAGGAGAAACAUUGUCUCUCCCUGUUGUAUUCAAAGCUCCAAUCAGGCCUGAUGUAGUAAAUUUUGUUCACCAACAGUUGUCAAUGAACCAUCGACAAGCAUAUUGCGUUAGUGACAAGGCAGGUCAUCAAACAUCUGCUGAAUCAUGGGGUACUGGUCGGGCUGUUGCCCGUAUUCCUCGUGUUCGUGGUGGCGGUACCCACCGAUCUGGUCAAGGUGCUUUUGGUAACAUGUGUAGAGGUGGUCGUAUGUUUGCACCAACAAAACAAUGGAGACGUUGGCAUCGGCGAGUAAAUGUAAACCAGCGCCGUUAUGCUCUUGCUUCUGCUAUUGCUGCUAGUGGUGUGCCUGCACUUGUUAUGAGCAAGGGGCACAUUGUUGAACAAAUACCUGAAUUGCCACUAGUCGUCUCUGACAAAGUGCAAGAAUUCACAAAGACUAAGCAAGCUGUAAUCUUUUUGAGAAGAAUUAAAGCAUGGGGUGAUAUUCAAAAGGUGUACAAGUCUCAGCGGUUCCGUGCUGGUAAAGGAAAAUUGCGAAAUAGAAGGCGCAUUCAACGUAAAGGGCCUCUUAUUAUUUAUCAUAAAGACCAGGGAUUACGCCGUGCUUUCCGAAAUAUUCCCGGUAUCGAUUUGGUCAGUGUUGAUAAGUUGAACCUUUUGAAACUUGCCCCCGGUGGCCAUGUUGGUCGUUUCGUAAUUUGGACUCAGUCUGCUUUUGAAAAGCUUGACAAAAUUUUCGGAACGUGGAAGACACGUUCUCAAGAAAAAGCUGGUUACAACCUUCCUCAACCUAAGAUGUCUAAUAGUGAUUUGUCUCGGCUUCUUAAAGCUGAUGAAAUUCGUAAAGUCCUACGUCCACCACAAAAGAAGGUCAUUCGUAGAGUUCGUCGCCUCAAUCCUCUCAAAAACACGAAAGCUCUUCUGCGUCUUAACCCGUUCGCUGCUGUUUUGAAACGGCAUGCUAUUCUUACCACCAAGAAAGCCAUUUUGCAAAAGCAAGAAGAGUUAGCGAAGAAGAAGGGUAAAACAUUACCACCAACACAUGCUGCAGUAAGAACGGCGAAAUUAUUAGCAGUGAGGAAAGCUGCAAUUUUGAAAGCAAGAAGUGCUAAAGUGAAGAAACCAAAAGAAAAAAAAGAACCUGGUAAAAAAGCAAAGUCUGCAACAAAGUCCGCAGAAAAAGGCGUGAAGAAGCCUGUGGUAAAAAAGUCCUCAACUAAGUCCAAGAAGGAGAAGGAUGCUACUAAGAAGCCCGCAAAAGCAGCGGAACCAGCGGCAAAAGCGAAAUAAAUAAAAAUAAAUGUAUGUCACUGGUUUUGUUAUUUCUGGUGGUAAUAAUAAAGAGUUUAUAACAAU